AUGGUCUUGGAAACACCGUGUGGAGUUCUCCCUGUGUUUGCAUGGGCUUUCUUCAGAUACUCUGGCUUCCUCCCAGAGUCCAAAGACAUGCACAAAAGGUUCAACGAGGCCUUGUGCACAUACAUCACAGAAACAUUAGGCCACAUUGAGACAGUAGGAACUUUCUGCAAGACAUUCCCUAAAUGGAUGGAAGCAAGGAAGACUGAGUUGGAAAAGCUCAACAAGAUGUUGAGUCCAGAGAGCAAACAUGCAGAGUUGGAGAAGGAGCUGGACGAAGUGUUAAAAAACACUUUGGAUGGUCUGGAGAAGCUUGACCUCUUCUUGGAUGCAGUGGAGAAGCUUGCAGUGACCUCACUGAAUGUGUUCACUCAAAACCAGGUGGUACAGCUGCCCAAACACAGUGAACAUGUUCAAAUUGUCAUCAUACAUGCAAAACUGAUCUGCCCUCUGCUACUGGAGUUUAAAAGAGAUGCAAAAGUCUUCUUCCUUCCCAAACUUCAGAAUUUGGAGGUGCUGAAAUAUCAGUUUGACACAUACGUACAAGUCUCCAAGAGGAUUUGUGACAGAUUUGAAAAAAGUGCCUUUCCCUUGAUGAUGAAUGAAGUUCAAGUAGACAUCAACAUGGAUUUGCCUGAAAGUGACAUACAAGGCAUGCUUUGUCGUAUUAACCAGCUCAAUGAAAUCCGGAUGGACACAAACUUCCGGAUGGUGUUUUUAUUCCAGGAAAAGUCCUGUUCUGACUUCAUCAAAGAGGUCCAAAACCGACAGCCGAGGAUGCUGAAGUUUCUAGAAGACCUGGAGCAGUGUGCUGUUCAGUUAGAUAGAAUGAAUAAGGGAGCAAAAAUCUCUAGCAUAACAGGCAGCUCAGUGGGAGCGGUUGGAGGUGUGCUGUCCAUUGUUGGUUUGGCGUUAAGUCCUGUAACAGCAGGCGCAUCUCUGGGUCUGUUACUAGGUGGGACAGCAAUGGGAAUCUUGAGUGGAACCAACAGUGCUGUGACCACAUUCACAGAGAUUGGAGUUAAUCACAAGCAGAGAAACAAAGCCAAUGAUGUACUCCAGAAGUUCAUGGAAGAUGUGCAAAGUAUUCACGAUUGUCUGGGAGAGGUAAUCAAUCAACCAACUGCUGACAAAGAAGUGGGUUUUUAUAAAGAUAUGUGCAUUGGCUUUAAACAAGUUGGGUCAGUGGGACUGAGCAUUCGAUCACUGGUUAAAGAUGCUUCAGAUGUUAAAUUGAUAAAAUCUAAAAACCUGAUUGCAGGUUCUGGCAAGAUGGUGGCUCAGGAAAGUAAAGCAUUAAGUAAUGCACCCAAGAUGGCUUCGGAAAUCCAGGAAAUGAGUCAGGCAUCAUUCAAAGGGUCCCUUGCUCUCUCUAAGACAGCCAGAGCUGGUGCCAUUGCACUAAAUGCUUUAUUUCUUGGCAUGGACAUCUACUCCAUUUGUCAAGACAGCAUCAGUCUGGCUAAAGCCAACAAAACUGAAAUCUCACAAUUCAUCAGAGCCAGAGCUUCACUUUUGAAAUCAGAGAUGAACUCAUGGGAAAACAUCUGUAACUCUCUGAAUGAAGGUCUGAAGACAUCAGACAAAAAGAAAGCUUUCCUAGAGAUUCCAUUUUAUACAGCGAUGAAGAUACAAUCCGAUGGUGGCACCGACUCCGCUCUGGAUGCAUCAGCAGCCGCCAGCCCUCUGCCUCCGGCUGCAGCUGUGUUUGCUGUGGUGCUCAAGCUGCUGGACUUUUGGCUUCACGAUCCCCCGUCAUGGUUUAUGCACGUGGAGGCUCAGUUCGCCCUUCGUGGCAUCUCGGCUGACAACACGAAAUAUCACCAUGUGGUGGCCUCUCUCGACCCGCUAGCCACCCGUCAUGCGUUGACUCUCCUCCGGGACCCACCCACCCGAGGGAAGUACGCCGCCCUUAAGGAGCUGCUUCUUCGGCGCUAUGCCCUCUCCGAUGCAGAGCGAGCCGAGAAGCUCCUCUCCCUGUUAGGCCUGGGUGGCGGUACGAGAGACAUUUCCUGGUCGACUCCGGCUCCCAGAAGAGCCUCCUUCCCCCUUCCGGUGCCGACAGUUUAG